AUGAAUCCCACGCUAGAUGCAACCCAUGUCGCUGCAAUCAACCAAAUAUCGGAGUUCCUUGCCUGCGCCCAAAGCAACUCAUUGCUCCAGCAUCCACCCGUCGAUGUCAUCGUCCUCUGCGGUAACUCCAUCUUGCCCAUCGCCGAGCAUGUCUUCACAGCGUUGGAAGCGAAUCCAGAUCUGGCGCGGUAUCUGGUGAUAUGUGGCGGCGUCGGGCACUCCACAGACUAUCUUUACCGCGCUGUUGCUGCUCAUCCGAUGUACCGGUCUAUCUCUAACACCACAGCCGAUCUGCCAGAAGCUCAAGUGCUGCACGCCAUCCUGGACAAAUUCUACGCCUCUGCAUCUAUUACACAGACAGGGCUGAAAGUCCUGGUCGAAGACAAAUCAACAAAUUGUGGUGCCAAUGCCAUCGAAGCUCGCAAAACCCUCGAUGCCGCCGGCGUGACGGACCCCAAGUCCAUGGUCAUUGUUCAAGACCCAACCAUGUCAAUAAGGACGCUCGCCGCCUUUCAGAAAGUCUACUCCGACCAUGCAACACCUCCUCACUUCCAGACAUGCCCUACCUUCGUCCCGAAAGUGAAGUUCGGUGAAGACGGUGAGCUCGAUUUCGAUGUGCCGGGGCUCAAAUCCACAAGUCUCUGGCCCAUGCCGCGCUUUCUGGACCUGGUCAUGGGUGAGCUUCCCCGCCUUCGCGAUAAUGAGCAUGGCUACGGCCCAAACGGCAAGGGGUUUAUUGCCCAUGUCGAUAUCCCCACGCACGUUGAAGAUACGUUCAAGCAGCUCGAGUCUGCUCUGGCGAACAGGAGGGAAGUAACAAUCGUCGGCGCCGGCAUCGCCGGCCUCUCAACCGCCCUAGCCCUCUCCCACAGCCCCCUAACGCCACCACCACGCAUCACCCUCCUCGAAUCUGCACCGCACCUCGCCGAGAUCGGUGCCGGCAUUCAACUGACCCCGCAGGCCGUCAAGUAUCUCUUCUCCUUCGGCGUGCGGGACCGGCUGCUCGCGCGCUCCAUCGUGCCGGGCGCCAUGCACAUCCGCGCGGGCAAGACGGGCGAGGUUUUGGGCUCCGUCGAUGUGCCGGGGAUGGAGCGCGAGUAUGGGGCGCCGUAUAUCGUGGUGCAUCGCGCCGUGUUGCAUGCCAUUUUGUGUGAGCGGUGUGCGGAGGUUGGGGUGCGGGUCAGGACGGGGUGUCAGGUUGUGGGGUAUCGGUGGGCCGUGGGGGAGGUGGUGUUGAGGGGUGGAGAGGUCGUGAGGGGGAAGUUGGUCGUGGCGGCGGAUGGGAUUAAUGGUGCGGCGAGGGCGAGUCUGUUGGGUGAUGGGGAGGGGGAGACUGAUGCGAGACCGACGGGUUGGGCGGCGUAUCGGCUUAUGGCGAGUGUGGAGCGGAUGAGGGGGGAGGAGGCCUUGAAAGGGUUGUUGGAGGGGAGGGCUAGUCAUCUAUGGGUCGAGGAUGGGGCGAGUUGCAUGACGUACUUGGUCAAGGAUGCAACCAUGCUGAAUAUUGUGUUGAGUCAUCGGGAUGAUAGGAAUACUGAAGGCUAUGGCCCGGAGGAGUAUCGCGAGGCGGUAGACACAUUAAUGGCGCCGUUUGAGUCGAGGGUUCAGAAGUUGAUGGAUAUCGCGAAGGAUGGAAAAAUCGUUAACUACCCAGUCUGGGCCGUGCCGAAGCUGGAGAGGUGGACGCAUGAGAGUGGUAGAGGAGUUAUCCUGGGCGAUGGCGCACAUGCUAUGGCCUUCUGGCUGAGUAUGGGAGUGAGUCUUGCGGUAGAGGAUGGAGUGGCGUUGACGAAGGCAUUGGAGCUGGCCUACAAGGACGUCGAGAAUAUUCAAGCGUUGUCAGAUAAUGAGAAAGGGACGCGGCUAAAAAUGGCAGUGGCAGUCUUUGAGAAGGCUCGGAAGCCGAGGGCGGAGAAGGUGGCAGAGGCAAGUUUACAUUCGGGCACAAUAUUGCAUCUGCCUGAGGGAGCUGGGCGUGAGGUACGGGACGACAGUCUGAAAUAUUCGUCAAUGGACUGGAUUCCUCGCAACGAGGAGCCUGAUGAACACCGGUAUGCGUAUGGCAUCGCGAACAAGAAAAUACGAGAUUGGUGUUAUGGUUUUGACGUAAAGGAGGACGUUCGGAGAAAAUGGCAAGACCAAGUAGGAUGA